AUGACCCGUCAUUCACCAUACGACUCAACUUACUGUUCUCUUCAGAGACUUAAUGUCGACUUCGAAACGGCAUCAACCGUGGCGACGCUGAUGCAGUCUGGCUAUGCUGUCGGUCUGUUCUCCAUCUGUCCCAUCGGCUACUGGCUUCAGCCUCGCCCACUGAUACUGGUCAUGGUGGGUGUCACCGCUACCUUGUUACCCCGCAGCUUGUCAUACCCAUCAUCAGCGGCCAAGUCCCGUCCAACCGACGUGCAAGUGCAGUACAAAUCGGCGCCUCUGGGAUCCUUCUCGGGUCCCUACUGGGUAGGUUGCUCUCCGCAAUCUCGGCCAACUACGGCCACUGGAGAAGCAUAUACUGGUCGCGCUCGGCGUUCAAUAUCUCCUCCUUGUCUUCUUGUACUUCUUCAUGCCAGACUACCCAUCAAGGGCUCCUGA